CCAUGACCCUCCUACUCCUCCCCUUUUCCUUCACUUUAAUCCUGGUAGCUUAUGCACUCUAUCAGCGCCUCCGAUUCAAGCUCCCACCGGGACCACGCCCAUGGCCGAUCGUCGGAAACCUCUACGACGUCAAACCUAUCCGAUUCCGCUGCUAUGCCGAGUGGGCACAGCAAUACGGCCCGAUCAUAUCAGUCUGGUUCGGAUCGAUUCUAAACGUCGUCGUCUCUAACAGUGAGUUGGCAAAAGAAGUACUCAAGGAAAAAGACCAGCAAUUGGCGGAUCGGCACCGGAGCAGGUCGGCGGCGAAGUUCAGCCGAGAUGGUCAGGAUUUGAUUUGGGCGGAUUAUGGCCCCCACUAUGUGAAGGUUCGCAAAGUAUGUACUCUUGAGUUGUUUUCUCCCAAGAGGCUUGAGGCCCUUCGACCCAUCAGAGAAGAUGAAGUAUCGGCUAUGGUGGAGUCCAUCUUCAACGAUUGCAUCCAUCCUGAUAAGAAUGGCAAGAGUUUGCUGGUUAAAGGUUAUCUGGGAGCAGUGGCAUUCAACAACAUUACUCGGCUCGCUUUCGGGAAACGAUUUGUGAACUCGGAGGGUGUACUGGAUGAUCAAGGGAAAGAGUUUAAGGCAAUUGUGGCUAACGGCCUGAAGCUUGGUGCAUCUCUAGCCAUGGCAGAGCAUAUCCCAUGGAUCCGAUGGUUCUUCCCGCUAGAAGAAGAAGCCUUUGCAAAGCACGGAGCACGUCGUGAUCGGCUCACACGAGCCAUCAUGGAUGAGCACACCGCUGCUCGUCAAAAGACCGGUGGAACCAAGCAGCAUUUUGUCGAUGCCUUGCUCACCCUUCAACAACAAUAUGAUCUGAGUGAAGACACCAUUAUCGGCCUUCUUUGGGACAUGAUCACAGCAGGAAUGGACACAACCGCCAUCUCCGUUGAGUGGGCGAUGGCCGAGCUUAUCAAGAACCCGAGGGUGCAACAAAAAGCUCAAGAGGAGUUGGAUCGUGUGAUCGGAUACGAACGUGUGCUCACCGAACCAGAUUUCUCCAGCCUCCCAUACCUUCAAUGCGUAGCAAAAGAAGCAUUGCGGUUGCACCCUCCGACCCCACUCAUGCUCCCUCACAAAGCCAAUUCCAAUGUCAAGAUUGGUGGCUACGACAUCCCUAAGGGCUCGAAUGUGCAUGUAAAUGUUUGGGCUGUGGCUCGAGACCCUGCAACAUGGAAAAAUCCAUUGGAGUUUCGGCCCGAACGGUUUCUAGAAGAAGAUGUGGACAUGAAAGGACAUGAUUACCGACUACUGCCAUUUGGUGCCGGAAGGAGAGUGUGCCCGGGUGCACAAUUAGGGAUCAAUUUGGUGACGUCGAUGUUGGGUCACCUUGUGCACCACUUUUCCUGGGCUCCGGCUGAUGGUUUGAGCCCGGAAGAAAUCGACAUGUCGGAAAACCCGGGGCUGGUGACGUACAUGCGAACUCCGCUACAAGCCAUCCCCACACCCCGGUUACCUGCCAUGUUGUACAAACGUGUGGCCGUGGAUAUGUAAACGAAUUUGCUUUGAAAUUUUUUGGGCUUUGGUUAGGCUUGAUAUAUUUUCGAUUUACUCUGCUUUAUCUGCAGAGUUUGUGUAUUUGUCUAGAGAUGGAGUGCCCGAAACACGAAGUUUUACGUAUUUCUCUAGCUUUUUACUCCUAAAAACACAAACGAUCAAAUAAAA